AGGCCUAAUUAAAGUGUCCGGCCGCAGCUAGAUGCGCAUCAAUAGAGCGCAUUCAUCUCGUGUUAGAAUACGUGGAGUGAACAAUCUCCACAGCACCACACACUCCUGCCAAAGAACAGCUCAAGUUAAAAAGAAAAAAAAGAAAAAGGAGCACAACACACAGGCAGCACAGCGGGCUGCAUCAAUGCGUUUCUGCACAACGCAGCCAGCCAUCCUGUAAAUAUUUCCGAGGAAAAACAAAACAGUGAAGCUGGGUGCGCAAUUGUUUUCCCCGUCUUAUCUCUGCGGGACAGUAUCCUGCUGGUGGGUGCCGCCGUGGUGAAGGCAGGGCUUUCAGUGACACACAGCUUCCUUCUCCACAGCGGUGACUUCACUUCCCAAAUUUAGAAGGAAAAAAAAACCAUCCGGUAAACUGUCUCUUUCUCCGCGCGACAUACCGGGGACUGGGAUUAAUGCAGGAGUGUGUCAUGUAUGGAAUAUUGUCGGGGUCCACUGAAAAUUGCGCAAAAUGGACGGAACUAUUAAGGAGGCGCUAUCAGUGGUGAGUGAAGACCAGUCGUUAUUCGAGCCACCGUACGCUGCUGCCGCCCCCCUCCCCAAGACAGACAUGACCGCAUCUGGAACACAGGACUAUGGCCAGACCCACAAAAUCAACCCCUUGCCCCCGCAGCAAGAGUGGAUCAACCAGCCAGUCCGAGUCAACGUCAAGCGGGAAUAUGAGCACAUGAAUGGAUCCAGAGAGUCCCCAGUGGACUGCAGUGUAGGUAAAUGCAAUAAGUUAGUUGGGGUCAAUGACAUAUCUCAGAUGAACUACGGAAACUACAUGGAUGAGAAGAACGCCCCGCCUCCCAACAUGACGACCAAUGAGAGGAGGGUCAUUGUUCCCGCCGACCCAUCAUUAUGGUCUCAGGACCAUGUUCGCCAGUGGCUGGAGUGGGCCAUCAAGGAGUACGGGCUGCUGGAGAUGGACACGGCCAUGUUUCAGAACACGGACGGCAAAGAGCUGUGCAAGAUGAGCAAGGAGGACUUCCUGAGACUCACCACCAUGUACAACGCCGAAGUGCUGCUCUCACAUCUCAAUUACCUCAGGGAAAGCUCUCUCUCUCUCUCUCUCUCUCUCUCUCUCUCUCUCUCUCUCUCUCCACUUUCUCUCUCUCUCCCAGACACCUCAUAUGAUGCUGUACGGCGAACAGGAUGGUCAAACAAUAUGCACAGUGGAAAAGGCUCGCCAGUCGUCAGCCAGAACGGGUCCAACAAGACUGCAGAGCAGCCCAGAGCUCAGCCAGAUCCUUACCAGAUUCUCGGGCCUACCAGUAGUCGCCUUGCCAAUCCAGGCUCCGGCCAGAUCCAGCUGUGGCAGUUCCUCCUGGAGCUGCUGUCGGACAGCGCCAACGCGGGCUGCAUCACCUGGGAGGGCACCAACGGGGAGUUCAAGAUGACGGACCCCGACGAGGUGGCGCGGCGCUGGGGCGAGCGCAAGAGCAAGCCCAACAUGAACUACGACAAGCUGAGCCGCGCGCUGCGCUACUACUACGACAAGAACAUCAUGACCAAGGUGCACGGCAAGCGCUACGCCUACAAGUUCGACUUCCACGGCAUCGCCCAGGCCCUGCAGCCGCACCCCACCGAGUCGUCCAUGUACAAGUACCCCGCGGACCUGGCCUACGUGCCCUCCUACCACGCCCACCAGCAGAAGGUCAACUUUGUGUCCCAGCACCCGCCUCCCAUGCCCGUCAGCUCCUCCAACUUCUUCGGACCCAGCGCCCCCUACUGGAGCUCGCCCACGGCGGGGAUCUACCCCAACCCCAACGUGCCGCGCCACCCCAACUCCCACGUCCCGUCCCACCUGGGAAGUUACUACUAAAGCCCCCCCCCGCCCAAAAAAUAAACCUUCUAAUCCUGACCCACAAGUGUUCUGCAAUAGUCCUUGUCGCCUUAGCCCCUCCCCCACCCCCCCUCCCCGCUCAUGGUUUUCUACGAUGAACGUUCCAUGUUCACUGACCUGCACUCAAAUGACAACAGAACCAACGACGCCUUUUACCCCUAGAUGCACGGCCAGUGGGCUCUGCAGAAAGUCUGCUUCCAAACGGCUUCAUGAAGGAAGAUUUUGGAGGAUUGAAGGAUUAUUUUAUAUAUAUAUAUGUAUAUAUACAUAUAUAUAUAUAUAUAUACAAUCUAUAUACACAUUUAUGUGUAGAAAUAAAAAAAGAAAUAACUGGAUGUUAUGGUCCAAAAAAAUGGAAUACUACUUAACCUUAUGAGACUCGCAAAUGUUUCCAUGUUUGUUUCUACCUUGGACGUGAGUCUGUGUUUCCUGUGCCUUUCUCCUUCCCUGUCUUUUUCGGGGAAAGAGGCACAGAUGGGACCCAUAAGUGUCCCGUCCAGACCCAACUCUCACAGACACCCACUCGUACCUAUACCCUACCCCACGGGGAGAGAGAGCAUCCAGAGGCCUGCUCCCUCACCUCCACUCCCCCCCACCCCACCCCCCCUGCGCUUGACCCACCGCUAGCAGACAUGAGCCUAGUCUUCACGGCUCUUAAUCGACAUCUCCCUCAGUACAUUCAUGUAUAGUAUGCAUGUGCAUAGCUGCCUAUUUUAUACUUUCAUCCUAAGAUAGUCAUGUUGCUGGUUUCCUUGCAACUGGCUGGACAACCCACCCACCCCCCAUCCCUCCCCCCCCCCCCCCACCCCAAUGUCUCUACCUGCUUCUCUCUCCAUCUCCCAGGUCCCCUUUAUGUAUGUGUGGAGUCCUUUGAAUCUCGUUGACUUUUCUCAGCACUGAAUGACAUUUUGGCAACAAAUAUGUGAUGUAACCGUUUAUCUUAUCCUCCAAACUGGAAAGCUAGAGAAGAGUUAAAUGCCAAAGACAGAAGCGCUGUAUGUUUUGCCGGCCGGGUUCACUUACUUUUGUCGUAAUCCUUUUAAAUACUUUGUUUGCUCUAGCAUGUCUGGAUUAUAUGACGGCGAUGUAUUUUAUUUGUUUUUCAUUUGUUUUCUGGGCUGGGCCUUUGGUUCCCUUUCGCUGGAGAAGCUCAUUCACAAAGUAAGUGAAGCAAUUUGUUAGAGAAAUUCAUCCCAGGUCUGAUGUUUCCAGCGAGGCCCCACACACCAAGGCUGUUCAAAUGUGGACGCGUUGUUUGUCUUCCAAGCGAGUCAUUCCCAGAGGGUUGGCUUAUGAACUAAGUAAGUAUUAAUGUGAAUGUGUUGGGGUUUGCUUGUGAAACAUUUGGAAUGGAGUGCCAAGAAGCAAAAUGAAAAGGUUGUCAGAUGUUUUCAUUCUCUCACCAGCAAGUCAAGAGUAGGUUAUUUUGCACUCAGGGCCUUUCAUCUGGAAUUCAAAAUAAAGUGUAGAUUUAAUGUAUACACUUGCAACUUUGGUGCAUUUAAUCCCAAGUGCCUUAACAUACGAUUCCAUCAUUACUUUGUGAACUGGUCCCUGUAGACCGUGACGAUGUAGAAAUCUACCAUAUCUAGCCUAUUUUAUCUGGCCCUGAAUCUGUCAACGUUGGGUUUUGAAGUGCACUUUGACAGCCACAGUUAUCAUCAUUGCUUCCCUCCUCUAUUCCGGGCCGGUCGGUGGUCACCCAUCAUGACUCCGUUUCCAUUCCACCAGGGCAUGAGCUUGGUUUGAGAGCAGGAAUUUGCUACCUAUUUUAAGUUCCUCACUGAUCAGCAAGAUGCACGUGUCUCAAGUCAGGAUUUGACCCUAAUCCAUCAUCAGGUGAUUUUUUUUGUUAUUUUUCGAUGGCAAAGUAUUUCUUUUGAAAUAUCUGAAAAUGGACACUUGAACAAUGAAUUGCUUAGGAAUGAGUCGUUUGUCAAAGAACCAAACAAAUUAAGUAUGACAAGAUGAAACAAAGAAAUCCUCAGAUUCGCGAACGCUGUGCGUUUGUCAGACCUAUGUUCUAUUAUUUUGUAAGCAUCAUUCAACUAGGCAUUAAAGCAACUUACUGUAUAAAUUAUGCAGAGUUAUUUUCAUAUGUGACACAGUAUAAAGAAAAAUCAAGAGAAUUAAUACGAGUUGACCUCGGUCAAAAAUGCAAACCUUUUGAGUCCAUUUCUGCUACGUAGUUUGUUCAACAUUUUAUAUCUGUACAUUUGGGCAAUACAUUUUUACUUUAAUGUUUCAUGUGAUUUUUAUUAUUUUCGAAAUUUGAUUUGUAACGUGCUCCGUGCCUUGAAGUGCACAAGAUUUGUUUCUUUUUGUUGUUGCUAAUACCACAGAUGCCUGCUUCUUAUUUCAAAAGCCAAUUUAAGGGAAAUUAUGUUUAACUCUGUAAUCUUCAUAUAUUGAUUGUGGUUCAUUUUCAUUUUGAAAUCACUUCUCAUGCACAAUAACCCAUAGAUUUGGCAGCUUUCCAUGUGCCUUACAAUCUGCUCAACAAAAUAUGCAAAACAUUACCAACAAUGUUAAUCAGCUUUUCUUUAAGUUCCAUAGCUUUAGACAAGUCAAUCGGAAGGGAACAUGUAAUUUGUAGCAUUUUUUAGAAUUUAUUCUAAAUCUGUACCCAUUCAUGUGUCUAAAAAUAAUUAUUGAAAAGGGAACCGUGCUACUUAUUAUAUGCAAUGUAUUUUGGAGAUCAAAUAUAUAUAUACAUAUAUAUAUAUAUGUAUAAUUUACAAUUAACCAAUGUAUUAUUAUUAUUAUUAUUAUUUUUAUUUCUGCAAUCUAUUAAGUAAUACCUUUUGAAAAAGGGCUUUUGUAUAGGAAAAAUGUGACCAAAUAAAUGUUUUUACCUCUCAAAGUA